AUGCGUUCUUUCCUUUUACCAGUCCUUUCAUUUACACUCGGUCUCGCCGCUUGUGCGAUUGCCGACCCCACUCUCUCUCCGUGGCAGCUUCACGAACAACGUUCUCAUGUACCCGCAGGAUGGACCCGAACACGAAAACUGGAUUCCUCUGUGUCGGUCCCCUUACGAUUUGCGCUUUCCCAGUCAAACAUGGAGAACCUUGAAGCACUUCUCUACGAGGUGUCACUUCCUGCUUCAUCCAAUUAUGGCAAGCACUGGUCUCCAAGUCAGAUUGCCGCCAAAUUUGCCCCAAGCGCCGAAUCCAUAGAGACCGUGCGCUCAUGGUUGAUCGGAAGCGGUGUAGAGCCCCACCGCAUAAAACUCUCUCCCACCAAGGGGUGGCUCGAAGUGGCUUCUACUGUCGAAGAGGCUGAAAGUCUUUUGCUUGCCGACUAUCACGUAUACGAUCACGAAUCCGGCACAAAACAUAUCGCCUGUGACAGUUACCAUCUGCCGGAGCAUGUGAUCCCGCACGUUGACUUUGUGACUCCUACCAUACAUUUUGAUGCCAAGAUCCCGCGGAAGCGUGAAAAUCAAUAUACCAGAGUCCCAAUUGGCCAACCUGGUCAGGGUAGCACUCCCAAGACGUCUGGUCAAAUUGGAACCAUCUUUGAUCAACUUGAGGAUUGUGAUCAGCAGAUCACGCCAAUUUGUUUGAGGGCUCUCUAUGGACUUUGGUAUCAGCCAGUCGCCGGGAAGACCAACAGCUAUGGAAUCGUGGAAUACACCCCACAGUCCUAUUUGCAGUCUGAUCUUGAUUUGUUCGCGAAGAAUUUCUCAACCGGUCUUGAAGGUGUUUCCCCUACACUGGUCUCGAUUGAUGGAGGCGUCAUCGAGGGUUCUGACCCUUCUUUUGAUUACAAUGGGGAAUCCGACCUCGAUCUGGAGUACGCCAUGACCUUGGUAACAAAGGGACAAGACAUUACUCUUUACCAAGUUGGAGAUUCGGUUGAAGGUGGUUCUUUCAAUACCUUCCUUGAUGCACUGGACGGAACAUACUGCAAGUACGACGGCGGUGAUGAUCCCACCCAGGAUCCCGUUUAUCCUGACACCGCUAGUGGCGGAUACACAGGUAAUGAGGAGUGCGGAACUGUCAAGCCUGCAAACGUCAUUUCCACAUCCUACGGAUACAAUGAGGCCGACCUCUCUCCCGCCUAUGCUAUUCGUCAAUGCAAUGAGUACGCGAAGCUUGGCCUCAUGGGCGUCACUUUCCUCUUUAGUUCGGGAGACACGGGUGUUGCAGGCAACGGGGAUUACUGUUUAAAUUCUGACGGUUCUCAAUCCGCAGACGGUAAAAUCUUCAAUCCUGGCUUCCCUGCUUCAUGCCCGUAUGUCACUGCGGUCGGUGCCACCCAAGUUAGCCCUGGCCAAUCUGUAUGGGAGCCCGAAAAUGCAUGCGAGCAAGUCAUUUACUCUGGCGGUGGAUUCAGUAACUACUUCAGCAUGCCUUUGUAUCAGAAGGCAGCGGUCGAAGGGUAUCUAGCAGCUGAGCCGAUCUCGUACCCAAAGGAUAUCUACAAUUCUACUGGGGUACGUCGACCAUUUUUACAGUCCCGUGCAUAUCCCGAUCUCGCUGCUAACGGAGCAAACUACGUCAUUGCUGUCGACGGUAAUUUCUCGCUCGUGUACGGAACGUCCGCGGCUUCGCCUGUCGUCGGUUCUAUCUUGACCAUGGUGAACGAUGCUCGUAUCUCGCGGGGUCAACCACCUCUUGGGUUCAUUAACCCUGCUAUCUACUCCGCUGAUUUCAUUGGCGGCUUUAAGGAUGUCACCAAUGGAACGAACCCGGGAUGUGGCACUCUGGGAUUCAAUACAACUAAAGGUUGGGAUCCCGUUACUGGCCUCGGGAAUCCCUACUUUCCCUCUCUGCUUUCCAAGUGGCUGUCUCUUUAA